UUUCCCCAAAAGUAAUAAGAGGCUGGAUAAUCGACAGCUUUCCUUGUCAAAUAGUUUAAUUAAACGUUGCUGCGCCGAAUGAUGAAACGUCAGGGAUUCUGCAAAUCAACAGUUAUUCGUUUUGAAAAAUGCAAAUGCAUAAAUAAAUGGAUUUAAUGUGGUUGGACAAAGGGCAAACAAGUUACGUUCAGGAUUUAUUUCAUAUUUAACACAAUCAUGUUCUUAUGGUGGGCGACAUGUUAUUAUUGAUGGUCAAUAGUACAAAUGCAGUGUUAUGCAAAUCUGUACACCCUUGAAUACAGAAGCAAUUUCAAUCGGACACAAACUAUAAUGAUAAACGGUCCAAAACACAAGCAACCAAGAAGUUGGUUUGCGGGGUUGGUUCAGCUCAGGACGUAACGGGUUGACUUGUAACAGGAAGGUCGCUCGUUGGAUCUCCGGCUCCUCCUAGCGAGUUCAGGUGUCCCUGAGCAAGACGCGUCACCCUGACUGCUCCUGACGAGCUGGCUGUCGCCCUGCGUGGUUGACUCCGCCGUCGGGGUGUGAAUGUGUGUAUGAACGGUUGUAAGUCACUUUGGAAAAAAGCGCCUGCUAAAUUUGAAUGUUAAUGUUGCUCAUUGCCUUGUUUUUUCUUUUCUUUCUUCCGGCAGAUUCCUUUGUCAACAGCCAAGAAUGGACACUGAGUCGAUCAGUUCCAGAGCUGAAAGUGGGCAUUGUGGGUAAUCUGUCCAGCGGGAAGUCUGCUUUGGUCCAUCGCUACCUGACUGGCACAUACGUGCAGGAGGAAUCUCCCGAAGGUGGUCGAUUCAAGAAGGAAAUCGUGGUGGACGGACAGAGCUACCUCCUCCUGAUCAGAGAUGAGGGAGGGCCUCCAGAAUUACAAUUCGCCGCCUGGGUGGAUGCGGUGGUGUUUGUCUUCAGCCUGGAGGACGAGAUCAGCUUCCAGACCGUCUACAACUACUUCCAGCGUCUGUCCAACUACAGGAACACGGCGGAAGUUCCCAUGGUGCUGGUGGGAACGCAAGAUGCCAUCAGCGCCGCCAACCCCCGCGUGAUCGACGACUCGCGGGCCAGGAAGCUGUCCAACGACCUCAAGCGUUCGACGUACUACGAGACCUGCUCCACCUACGGCCUCAACGUGGAGAGAGUCUUCCAGGACGUGGCCCAGAAGGUGGUGGCCCUGAGGAAAAAAGCAGCAGCUGUCCAUCGGCCCUGCAUCCUGCCCAACUCCCCCAGCCACUCGUCUGUCCCCUCGGCGUCUAUCCCUUCGUCCACAUCAACCAGGUAACCCGGGUAACCCUUC